AUCGUUCUUUAUCGCCGCGAAACCAUAUGUGCGGCGAAUUCAUUUACGAAAAUGGAUGUUAAAACGGACGCGAACUCCUCAUCUCAACCUUUCAGACCUCACUCGCCGACUUUAACGAGUUGUCGCUUCUUAUACAUUUACGUUCUUUGGUUUCAACGAAACCUUACCAUCCUUAGCAUAAAUCAGCUGUUCAAUUGUCUUGUUUUGACGCUUCCAAUUGUUUACAAUUUCAGCAGAUAUUAAACAAAAGAGUUUAUGAGCUAGUCUGCUCCACAAUAACCAUAAAAAAGCACGGAAUUGUGCCCGCGUUUCUUUUUUCCAACUGCGCUUCAUGUUUUUGUUAUGGAACCGUUCAUUUUCUCGCAAUGCAAAUCCUGCUGCGGAACGUACACGCGAAACUCUAGGUGAAGAUUUUGUGCGAAAAUUAGAUGCAUUGCACGAUGACGCCUUACGCACGGGCCUAGUUACUACCGCAGAUUUACAGGAAGCAUACAGAAAGUCACGCGAUACUGAUCGCGAUCCAAAUAAAAUAAAUUUAUGGUACGUGUUGGGCAUCCUAGCCUUCAUAAUGAUAGUGACGCCCGUAUUCUAUGAACUAAUUACAUUCCUCUUGGGUGUGCGUUGCUUUUUACCCAAUAAUUAUAUUGUGUGGGAAGCAACGCGCCCUAUAAGUGAUUGCGGAUUUUGCAGAGAUGUUUCUGGACCAAAGGUUUUGCAAAAUAUGACACGUGAAGAGUUCGCACCUUAUGCGUAUUCAUCACAACCAAUUAUAAUAAAAAAUGCA